AUCCCAUUAGCGGCGCAAAUUCGAAGCGGCAGCCGGGGUAGCGGCGGCGGCUGCAGCGGAGGCUCUGUGCGCCCCAGUGCUGCCUCCUCGGCGCGAGCCCGAAGCUGAGCACAGAGAUUCAACCGCACCCAGGCUCCGUCUGUCUUUUCAAGCUCUUCAUGCUACCCGACUAAAAGAAGAAAAUGGGCACGGGGGAUUUUAUCUGCAUUUCCAUGACCGGAGGGGCACCCUGGGGGUUCCGAUUGCAAGGUGGCAAGGAGCAGCAGCAGCCCUUACAAGUCGCUAAGAUCAGAAGCCAGAGCAAAGCCUCCGGGUCUGGGCUCUGUGAGGGGGAUGAAGUGGUUUCUAUCAAUGGCAACCCCUGUGCAGACCUCACCUACCCAGAAGUCAUCAAGCUCAUGGAGAGCAUAACAGAUUCUCUCCAAAUGCUCGUCAAAAGACCUUCCAAUGGAAUAAGUGAAACUUCGAUCUCUGAAACUGAAAACAAAAACCAGGAGAAUGUCACCCAUGAAGGGUACGUGGAAAGUACCACCCUACAGAUUCGACCAGCCACAAAGAGCCAGUACAGAGAGUUCUAUAUUGUCCCUGUCAAGAGUGGAGCUCCCCUAGCUGAGGAGCAAGCGAGUGGUGCUGGUUUUUCUGGGAGCAUAAAAGAAGAAACAGGCCUGGCCCCUCACACGUCUGACUCUGAAAGUGGACGCUUACCAGAGGAGAUUAUCUUAAGUGAGAAGGCAGAAGCGGGGCGGCCAGGCACUGUGGUUGAGCUGCAACUGUCCCUGUCACAAGAGAGACACAAGGGCAGGAGUGCUGCUGUAGUGGCUCUCCUGGGAGCAGAAAAAUCUAAGUCUCCUGACCCAGAGCCUAAUUUACUACACGAUGGGACUGUCCACAUAAAUUCUGCCCCCACUACAGAGAAAGAGGACCCUCCUCUGAGGUCCAGCAAGACAAUCCAGAUCUCCAGUGGCCAGGAGCUGAGAGUGAUCCAGGGAAAUGAAGCUGCAGACACGGGGCUGCCCCGCGUGGAAGUGAUCUUCGACUGCUCUGACAGGCAGAAGACGGAAGGGUGCAGGCUUCAGGCAGCAAAGGGGUGUGUGGAUUCUCCAGUGGAAGGAGGGCAGUCAGAAGCACCUCCUUCUCUGGUAUCCUUUGCAGUCUCAUCAGAAGGCGCAGAGCAGGGAGAAGAUCCAUGCUCAGAAAGGGAUCACAGCAGACCUCACAAGCACAGAGCGCGCCACGCACGGCUCAGGAGGAGUGAAAGCUUAUCAGAAAAGCAGGUGAAAGAAGCAAAAUCUAAAUGCAAAAGCAUUGCCCUCCUUCUGACAGAUGCCCCCAACCCCAACUCCAAGGGGGUGUUGAUGUUUAAGAAGCGUCGUAGGAGGGCCAGGAAAUACACAUUAGUCAGCUACGGGACUGGGGAACUUGAGCGAGAGGCAGAGGAGGAGGAGGAAGACGGCGACAAAGAGGAUCCAUGUGAAGUAGCAUUUCUGGGUGCAAGCGAAUCGGAGGUGGAUGAAGAGCUGUUGUCUGACACUGAGGACAACACACAAGUUGCAAACUUUGACUGGGAUUCUGGUCUAGUGGACAUUGAAAAGAAACUGAGCAGAGGGGACAAGAUGGAGAUGUUGCCAGACACCACAGGCAAGGGGGCCCUCAUGUUUGCCAAGAGGAGGGAGAGAAUGGAUCAGAUCACAGCCCAAAAAGAGGAGGAGAGGGCGGCCGGAGUGCCAAGCAGAGAACCAGAUGCUGCCCAGACAGAUGGCCUGAGAACCGUGACGUCUUACCAAAGGAAGGAAGAAGAGUCAGUGAGAGUGCAGAGCUCUGUGAGCAAAAGCUACAUUGAGGUGAGCCAUGGUCUUGGCCAUGUGCCCCAACAGAAUGGCUUCACUGGGGUGUCUGAGACAGCAGAAGCUCAGAGGAUGAUCCCUGUGAAUAGAACAGCCAAGCCCUUCCCGGGGUCUGGGAACCAGCCGGCAACCCCCUUCUCUCCAAGCCGAAACGUGACAAGUCCUAUCGCUGACUUUCCUGCGCCUCCACCUUACUCUGCAGUCACACCCCCACCUGAAACCUUCUCCAGAGCAGUGUCGAGUCCAACAGCUGGCCCAGCACCGCCCCCUCCGUGGCCCCAGCCUGCCCCAUGGUCCCAGCCAGCCUUUUACGAUUCAUCUGAACGAAUAGCUUCCAGGGAUGAAAGGAUUGCGGUGCCAGCAAAAAGAACGGGGAUAUUGCAAGAGGCCAAAAGGAGAAGCACGACAAAACCCAUGUUCACUUUUAAAGAGCCCAAAGUCAGCCCCAACCCUGAACUCUUGUCACUUCUUCAAAAUUCUGAGGGCAAAAAGGGCCCUGGAGCGGGAGCAGAUUCCGGACCUGAAGAAGACUACCUCAGUUUAGGAGCAGAGGCUUGUAACUUCAUGCAAGGCUCCUCUGCAAAACAGAAGACCCCGCCUCCUGUCGCUCCAAAGCCUGCUGUCAAGUCAUCAUCCUCCCAACCAGUCACUCCGGUUUCUCCAGUCUGGUCGCCAGGAGUGGCUCCAGCGCAACCUCCUGCCUUCCCCACAUCUAACCCGUCACAUGGCACCGUGGUCUCCUCCAUCAAAAUCGCGCAGCCUUCUUAUGCUCCCGCCCGGCCUGCAAGUGCUCUGAACCUGGCUGGUCCUUUCAAAGGCCCACAGGCAGCGGUAGCCAGCCGGAACUAUACUCCCAAGCCAGCAGCUCCCACACCGACAGUGAACACUGCUCAUGCUGGUGCGGUGGGACCAUCCAAUGAGCUUCCAGGAAUGAGUGGGAAAGGAGCCCAGCUCUUUGCUAAGAGGCAGUCAAGGAUGGAGAAGUACGUGGUAGAUUCGGACACCGUGCAGGCCCACGCUGCCCGGGCUCAUUCUCCCACCCCGUCUCUCCCGGCCGGUUGGAAGUACUCCUCCAAUGUCCGAGCGCCUCCGCCUGUGGCCUACAAUCCUAUCCACUCCCCCUCCUACCCACCGGCUGCUGUCAAGUCUCAGCCAUCAGGCCUACAGGCCUCCAAGACAGGCAAGAAAAAGGGCAAGAAACCCCUCAAUGCUUUGGAUGUCAUGAAGCACCAACCCUAUCAGCUUAAUGCGUCCUUGUUUACUUUCCAACCUCCGGAUGGAAAGGACGGCCUCCCCGCAAAGCCAUCGGUCAAGGCCAGUUCAGUGCCAGCUGCGAAGCAAGCUCUUCCUCCUCGGCCAGUGAACGCUGGCUCGCCCACUAAUGUUCAGGCCUCCUCUGUGUACUCCGUGCCAGCCUAUACCUCUCCGCCCUCCUUCUUUGCUGAGGUCACCUCACCGGUCAGCGCUUCCCCAGUGCCCGUGGCCAUCCCCACCUCUCCAAAGCAGGAAUCAGCCUCAACAUCUUACUUUGUGGCACCAAGGCCAAAGUUCUCAGCAAAGAAGAGCGGUGUCACAGUUCAGCAGACUGGACGCUCUCUUUCUCUUCCUGGAAGACCAGUCCCACCUGCCAUCUCUGCAACAUCUCCUUGGUUAUACCAGCCUGCUUACAGCUACACUAGCAAGCCAACGGAUGGGCUCGAGGAAGCAAAGAAGAGACUGACUCCUUGGGAAGCAGCAGCCAAGUCUCCCCUUGGCUUAGUGGAUGAGGCCUUCAGACCCAGAAACAUUCAGGAAUCCAUUGUGGCAAAUGUGGUCUCAGCAGCUCGUAGAAAGGUGCUUCCAGGGCAGUCUGAGGAAUGGAAUGCAAGACUGUCCUAUGUCCCUCAAACCCAGAAGACCACUGUGGGCUCAUUUGCAAAGCAAGAAUAUAAUGUUGCAUCCCUACCCAAUUAUAGUAUGCCCAACUCCCAAUAUGGUUCACAGGCACCACAUGCAUAUUACAGGCAGCCUUCCAGAAACGAUUCUGAAAUAAUGUCCAUGGAGACCAGGUCUGAUUAUUGUCUCUCCAUAACCAACUGCAACUAUAACCCACACCCAAGGGGAUGGAGACGUCAAACAUGAAGUUAGCAGAACUGGUCAUAUGCCACCUAGAUUUUUUUUUGUUUCUUUGCAGUGUUUUCCACUUUUCUAAUAGUUUAGAUUCACUUUUGAUCUUGGCUUGUUCUCAUAGGUCAUUUAUCUGUGUGUGUAUGCACAUUGGAGUGUAAAUCACUUCCUUCUCUGCAGAUGCAUAGAGAAUUUCUUUAAAGAACUCAUUUCCUGUGCUGAUGACACAGAAAUUCCGUUUAUUUCAUUAAUAUGGAGAAUUUAGGCAACUAAACUCUUCUCAAUUAAAAUGAAAUUAACUAUGUUCUUGUAUGUGCCUUAGUCCAGGGUGGAAUUAAUGAAACAUGGUAUGCUGACUGAUACUAGCAGUAACAGAAAGGACUAUAACAUUGGAGAAGUUUCCAAUGGUAGUAUAAGCAAUAAUUAUAUAAAAAGGAUUUCCUUGGUGUUAUUUUAAACAUUUCUUUGAAAUAUACUUUAAAAUCUGAUAACAUUCAUAUUUGGUUUUUGGAAUUGAGACAAAGACAUUCUCAGAAAGAAAUAAAUAUUUGAGAGUAAGACAAUUAUACAUUUCAGUUGGACUUCUGAGGUAAGUGGUGUAAUACGUGGGGAAUAGAAGAUGUAGGUAUAGGAUUUAUUUUUAAUCUAUUUAAAGGCAGGGGCCUGAGACAGGAAUAGACUCUGGGUUCAGGUGUCCUCACUUGUGAGAUGAGAAGAUCAGAUUAUUUAAUCUCCUCGAUGCUUAACAGCUCUGAUAUUCUGAACUGAGCUUCUCUCAUUUGUAAAAUGAUCUUUGAUGCAUUAUUCAUUUUUGUUGCUCAUCAUAUAAAUAUCAAACUAAGUUUAAGAGUGGAUUAGGUCAUUGGUGUCACAACACGUAUCAUUAAAGGUCCAAGAGGAAUUGUUGGGCAGCAGGGUUUGAGCUAUGUGUUACAUGAGUGAGGGCUGAUGAGAAGAAAAAAAGCUAUUAAUGGAUUAAAGGAAGUGGUAGAUGGAUGUGUCUGUUAUUAUACAACUGUAGGUCAUGAACAUUUAUUUAAUUACAGAAAGCAUGCCACAGAAGCCUAUGCAACAAGUGGUGCUUCUUUAGAAAAGCAUCAUUAGGAUGUUCAAAGGAAGUUAAACAGUUGCUUGGACAACUCCAUGACCCAUGCCUGGUUAGCAUGACCAUGAGACAAUCAGUUAAACAUCUGCUCCUCACUGUCACACCCACAAAGGAUUAAACACAAGGAAAUUCAAAGUACUUUACAUCAUAAACAAGUAUGAGAAUAUUUAAAAAAUAAAAACAUCUUGAGUGUUCAAAACAUUCUUAGGUUUCUAAAUAUGAUUAUUUUGCUUUGUUUUACUUUUUUGACUCUUGAAUUUAUUAUUAUGAUCAUCUCUUUCACAGAAUAAUAUUUUUUAAAAACUGCCAGGAUACAAGUACUCCGUUAUUUGGAAACAAAAAAAAAAGCUGAAGAAAUCACAGUAAGUUCUACUGUUAAUAGAAUCACCCAGAUACUAAUUUGUUCAAUUAUUAAGAAAAAUAGAGUACUUCAUAGAAAUUUGAAUUAUAUCUCAAAUUAGAAGAUAUAAUUAUGGGUUCCUAAAGAGUUCCUAUGGAAUUAAAAAAAAAAUAAUGCCUGGUGUAUUGGUUAAUCUGUCAGCAAUUCUCAGGAAUCCCCACAUAAAAAUUCUUGUGGUGGUUCAUUUAAUCUAGAUGUCAAUGUUUUAAGAUAUGUAGAAUUUAGCAGAAGGAAUUUCGUACAAGAUCAUAUCCUAUUUUGUUGUUUUCUCUUAUAAAUGCUAGCGGUUAUUUCCUUCAUUCCUUAGAUUUUAGAUACUUCAGUUCCAGAGGCUGAUACAUAAUACAUUAUAUUAUUCACUAAAAUUUUCACCAGACUCAAAAUAGAGAGAUGCAGACAUUUUAAACUUAAAUAUUAUUAUGAAACAGACAGGUCCCCCUUUGCAUGCACUAGAUCAAAACAAUCAUUGUAUUAAGCUAUCUGAAUUUAUUCCAGACAUCAAAAAAAAAAAAAAAAGAAAAUAUAACACAUGGCAGGAAAGUUGUACAUUUUUCAUUCAUAGGGAAAUUAAUGUCUCAUUUUUAUUAGAAGUCAAUGUUUCAGGGACUCAUACGUCGCAGAUAUAAUUCUGAGAAAAAAAAGUACGUUGUCAAAUCAUCACAAAAUGUAUGGGUAUUUAUCUCCAGUUUUCACAAAAGUAGUAAAGUUAUAUUGCUUACAUUCAAGCUAAUGUUUGAGCUAAGGCUGCCAUGCUUGACAUCUGAUUCCUGCUGAGAAAACCUAGAUAAUUACUGUUCUCACAAAAAUAAAAUCAGUUUGGGACUUCCCUGGCAGUCCAGUGGUUUGAGACUCCGCAACUCCACUGUGAGGGGCAUGGAUUCCACCCCUGGUCUGGGAACUAAGAUCCUACAUGCUGCACAGACCAGCCAAAAUAAUAAUAAAUAAAUAAAAUUGGUUUGUCUUAUAUUCCAAAUAAUACUAUUUUCAGAGAAGAGCUUGCAUGUGUGCUAAAUUGCUUCAGUCGUGUCUGACUCUGUGCGACCCUAUGGACUGAAGCCUGCCAGGCUCCUCUGUCCAUGGGGAUUCUCCAGGCAAGAAUACUGGAGUGGGUUGCUAUGCCCUCCUCCAGGGGAUCUUCCCCACCCAGGGAUCCAUCCUGCAUCUCUUAAGUCUCCUGCAUUGGCAAGCAGGUUCUUUACCACUAGUGCCACCUGCUUUGUAAAUAUAUAUCACAUGUGUUGUUGUAAGACAUUUUUCUACUAGUAGCAAUCACAGAGGUAGAAACAGUUCUGUGCUACCAUGAUUAAAAAGCAUUCUCUUGAUGUACACUAAUUUGGCACCUCUUUCCAUCUUCAGUUUAAAAAUAUAAUUGCAUGUGUGUGAAAUAUCUGUUAUUGAGAUGAUUUAAAUACUGUUUGUAUUUUGAAUUUUAAAACUACAUGAUUCUAAUCCAUUUAUCUCUGAAUAUAUCUCAUGUUUUGGCCUCAUCACUCAUAUUGGAAAGGGCUACACUGUUAGGGCUCAGGCAUACACAUAUAUACAUUAAUGAAUUGAAACUUUGGAUAAAAAAUAUAUCAAAUAGGCUCAUUAUUAUAAUUAGAGAGGAACUGUAGAAAUGUUUGUAAAAGAAAGUAGAUUUUCACAUUUGAUUUUUUUUCAAAGUAGUAGUAUUUACACUAUCCACACAUCUACUAAAAUAGACUAUGUUCUCCUGCUUAUUAGCUUAAUAUUUCUACCUUUGUUUAUCCCCAAAGACUGUAUUUGAAAGAUGCAUACUGAAAAUCAAAAUUGUAUAAGUAAUAAAAAUUAACUUGAAAAUCAA